AUGUCACCAGUAUGUUUGGACAGUCUUCCAACCGAAAUCUUCUACCUUAUUUUUCAAUAUCUUAAUAAAGAACAUGUCGCUUAUGCGUUCUUUGGCUUAAACAGUAACUUCACAUCAAAAGUUAGGUAUUUUAUCGGAAACGAAUUGAAUUUGGCCAAAAUUGAAGAUGAACAAAUCUUUCGUUUUUGUUUAAAUACAAUUUUACCAUCAAUUGGGUAUCAUCUUCGACAUUUAUCGAUUGGCUCUCCACAUUCAUUAUCUACCUAUCUUCCAUACAUUCAAAAUUUUUGUCCAAAUCUGAAUGUUCUUAAUAUUCAUUGUCAAACACAACAUGACGACAUUCGUCGUUAUGCAGCUUAUUUGAUUCACUCGCAACUGAUGUUUUUCAUUUUAAUGUACAGGAAUCAAAUUGUUGGAGAAGAAAUAAGUAUGUGUUUGAUUGACCAACACGACGAUAAAAUCAAUCAGGCCAUGCCGUUAUCGCACUCACUUAUUUUGAAUUUACCAUCCUGGAAUGAUCUCAUUCUGUUGAAGCGCUUUUCUGAAAGCAGUUUCUUGUUCGAUGGUUUAUAUAUGAUCGAAUGUGUUGCAACCGGUCAUUGGCUUACGGAUGGCAAAGAUGAUCUAUGUGUGAUGUCGAAACGACUUCAUCGUGAUAGUAUUUUUUCCAUCAAACACGCUGAUGUCGAUCAAUGUUCUCGAGAAUAUGAAGUGUACAACGAAGGUACUCAACGUCGACUAACAGUUUUGAUACCAUAUGAAGAAGAAGAGGAACGUUGGUCAUCAUCAUCAAUUCUUUCUACGCAUCGAAAAGAAUCUUCACGUUCGUGUUCAAGUUUCACAUUCGAAAAACUCGCAAACGAUGACAUCUUCUAUAUUCGACCAUGUUAUUCAUAUGCUAAACGAUUGCAGGUCUAUGGGAAGCGAAUUAUCGUCUCACGUUGUGAUAACGAAAAUGUAACAAAUCAUUACUUUAAACUCCAUCGUGUUUCAUAG